CAGAAUUAUUGUAUUUUUUUUUUAAUUCUAAAAAAUGGCGAUAAAUUUGGUAACAUUAACCGUUUUCGGAAUUGUGACAUGUUUUUUCGUAGAAACAAGCGGUUUUCUAUUCGGAAAGAAAGAUUGUUUGGUAUCGCAAUGGACGCCGUGGAGUGGGCCGUUGGGUUUCGGUCAGAUGACGAGAGAAAGGAAAAUUCUUCGCUACCCAGCCAACGGAGGGGCCGCAUGCCCCACCGAACUUGAUGAAGAGAAACAAACAACUCAGAAACCGACCAUCCAAUCAACGGCGAACGCAAUCGUCAGUUUCUUCAUGAGGCAGCCUAGUGUUAUGAAACGCGGAGAAGCCAUCGGUCAGUUGCGAGAUCUGCUUGUCAUAGUGGACUCUUCUGGAAGUAUCACCAACGCCUUUUUCGAGACCGCAAAGACGCAGCUGGCGCGACUCCUUGGCAUGUUGUGUCCUAUAUCAGAUCCAUUCGAUAGCCGAUACCAAAGAGCCGCCCUGCUUGAGUACUCGACAGACGUCAAGGAGAUCUUUGAUUUCGACGACAAACCGAGUACGAGACUCGUGCAACAGGGUGUCAAAUCCAUGCCCUACAUGGACGCUAGCACGUGCACGGCGACCGCGUUCAAUUACGCAUAUAACAACAUGUUUGAUACUACAAAAGGCAUGCGCAAUUCACCGGAUGUCAAACAGGAAGUGUUAAUUCUAACCGACGGACAGUCCAACUGUGGGGGCAAUGCAACUGCGGCGGCAUUGAAGCUUCAAGAAAAAGCAGACGUUUUUGGGCUCAUGAUUGGAAUCAACACACAGCCCGGUAUGGAAGAAGUAAUCAGCUACGUGUCUUAUCCGAAAAAUAAGCAUCUGUUCGCCAUUGAAGGAUUUCAGGUUUUGGAGGCUCUAGUCAACGAGAUCGAAAAUCAAUUGAACAACAAACCGUGUGUUGAGUUUGAUAUUUAAAUUUGCAGGUUAUAGGUGGUUAUGUCUAAACACUCGGGAUUAUACUGAUCUGUAGGAUUUUUAAAAUGCAAACGGAGUAAGAACUUCCUCCUUAAAAAUUUCUCAUUAAGACAGUGUGUGAACACAUCAUGUAUCCUCAGAUAGUGCGUGAGUCUGUGUGCACGUGUUUAAUUUGAAUUAAAUGUAUAGAUCGUGAUAAAA